AUGCAUCGGGACCAAAGCGCUGCCGAUGAAACAAAAGAGAAAUUAUUUCAAAAUGCAGACGAACAUCAGUCUGAUUCAAUCAAUAAAUCAACAAAUCGUCGUAAAACAUCACCAACAGAAGAAAUCGAAGGCGGUGGUGAAGAAGAAAAUCAUAAUAACCCAGAAGUAACUUUUUCAGGUGAAGCCGAUAAUGAAGAUGGUGCAAUUAAUGAAGAUGAAGAAAAAAAUGCCAGCACAGCAAAUAUGGUGCCGCCAGCAGAUGCAAAACCACGACAUUUGGGUUUUACCAGAACGCUGUUUUUGGCUGUUUGUGGAGCAAUGAUCGGAACUGGUGCACAGUUUGGUUAUGCAGUUGGUGUUAUGAACGCACCGUCUGAGGUGAUAAAAAAUUUUACAAAAGUAAUUUAUCAUCGUCGUUAUAAUUCGACAUUAACAGAUUAUCGUGCUGAUCUAUUAUAUUCAACAGCUAUUUCUGUUAUUGCACUUGGAGGCGUGCUAGGUGGACUAUUAGCUGGACCCAUAAGUGAUCGUCUUGGAAGGAUAGGUUUACUAUUAAAUAACAUUCCAGCUGUUGCUGGCUCCGUUUUAAUGAUGUUGAGUAAGAUGGCAUAUUCAUACGAAAUGUUUAUUGUUGGAAGAGUGUUAAUUGGAUUUACAGCUGGCUUCGGUGCUGUUGCUGGUAAUUUGUAUAUAACAGAAAUCGCUCCAAUUAAAGUUCGUGGUAGUUUUGGUGCAUGUUUUCAAUUAUUCGUGGCCAUGGCUCUCAUGUUGGCACAAGUAUUAAGUCUCGAUAUUAUACUUGGAAAUGAUCGUUUAUGGAAUUAUUUAUUUGCUGUGCCUAUUGGAUUUAGUAUAUUACAAGUUUUAUUGUUAGUAUUUGCUUACGAUACACCAAAAUUUUUAUUACAAAAGGGGAGAGAACGAGCAGCAGAAAGAGCUUUGAAAUGGUUUCGUUGUGAAAAAGACAAUGGAAUUGUUCAAACUGAAAUACGAGAAAUGCAUGCGGAUCUGAAUAAUUUGAAGACAGAUUCAGUUAAAAUAUCAUUGCGAGAUUUAUUACAAAAAACAUUAUUACGUAAAUGUUUGUUAAUUUCGUCCAUGACACAUGUCGCUCAACAAUUAAUUGGAAGCAAUGUUGUAAGUAGAAAAAAAGAAAGGAAAUAUCAUAUUUGAUCAGUAAAGUAAAUGAAAUGAUCAGUUACAAAAAAUAAGAGGAAAAGAAACUAAUUAGAAAAGAACAACAGAAAACAGUAGACGGACUGAAAUAGGCAACUAAGUUAAUAUCAAUCA